AUAAAUAGUUAAUAAUAUAAUUAUCUAAAAUUGUUAUGUACACAGACUGAAAGUGGCUUCGUUCACAUCUACUGCUGCCAUUGCUAAAGCUAGGACUACAAUCUAAACCAGCGCAGAAACAUGAUGUCAUUGAUCACAACUUCUCAUUCUGUACAUUGACCCAGUAAAAAAAAAAAAAACAUUCUACUGGAGGAAUCCAAGUGAAUGGGAGAAAGCUGGCGACAUACAUUGCACAUGAGAAAGUUUUAUUUUUCUUCAAUAUUCCUAUUUUUGCAUUGAUUAUAGAAUGGCUUCUUACAAAGGUUUUGGGAGUCACUCAGUCCUUUUCAAAGUUCAUGUGAAAACUCUAAAGUUCCUAAGAAACAGAUGAGCUCUUCAUCAGAGCUGCUGAUGAAGAGUGUUGUCGUUAUUAUUAUAUAUUUCUUGUUUCACUGAUGCAAAUCAGAUGCAGAAAACUGACCUCUGCAGAAACAACUUCUCAUUUGCAUCAGGGUUUCUCAUAAUAUAAAAUAAAUGUUGGGCUGUGGCUGACAGAGAGGAUCAGAUGCACAUAGGCUGAGAGUGAGCAACAUCCUGCCAAGAUGAUGUGGACACUGUUAUCCAUCUUACUGAUUGGAAGGCUUUGUGAAACUGAGCAGACAGCAGAUGUCUGCAGCACACAGAACAUCAAUCUGACUGACAAGGAAGCAUCUCAGUCUUCAGUCUACACUAAUAUUAGUAGCAUACCGUUCACUGGUGACAGAGCCUUUAAUGGGAAUCGCUCCACAUGUGCUCACACCCUGCAGCAGAACAAGGCCUGGUGGAGAAUUGACCUGAAGGCUGUUUACAAUAUUUCCUGUAUGUCUGUAUUUAAUCCAACCGAUUAUAAUACUGACUUGUCAGGAGCUCAGAUCUACAUUGGGAACUCUCUGCAGAACAACGGCACCAAGAACACACUGGUUUUCAACGUCACAAGCUUCCAAACAGGUCAGAUAAAUGUCUUCAAAUUUCCCACAUCGGUGUCUGGGCGCUACGUCACCGUGAUCAAACCAGAAAACAAAUUCUUGGUUCUUUGUGAGGUGAACAUCACUGGCACAGAGCUCGAAUCUCCCUUUAAGCUGAUUGACACAAACAAGACCUGGGAAGAAGCUCUGUCCUACUGCAGAGGUAACCACAGAGGUCUGGCCUCCAUCUUGGAUGAACAGAUGCAGACCUUUGCUGAGCUGGAGGCUGAGAAAGCCAACAGUCCCUUCGUGUGGUUCGGCCUUCGCUACGACUGCAGCCUAGAGUCCUGGUUCUGGGUGGAUGAUUGUAAUGUUGGUUCUGGUGUCAAAGAUUGUGACACCAGUGGAGCCAUGGAGACAGAAGAACAGCAUCGCUGGUUCAACAAGUCUGGUGAUGAAAAGUUCAGUUUCAUCUGCGCAUUGAAAUAACACUGCAAACAGAUUUUAUUUACUCCAUCAGUUCUUUCUCAUGAAGAAAGAAAAGCUUCUGUCUCUGAUUUGUUUGUGUGAUGUGGACAGCACCUUGUCCUCUUAUCCUUGAGAAGAUGUUCUCUCCUCUCUAGUGUUUCCUGUUCUACACUGAGAUUCUUCUUCCUUCCUGACUUCAUUAAACAAAGCUCUGGUUGAGAGCAAACACUGUUAGAAACUUUAGUUUAUACAAGAACCAGAAGAUAUUUGCAUGUUUGUUUGUUUUUUGUAAUUAAAGACAAACUUUCACAAUUUCUUUGAUAUGCAUCAUAUAUUAUGCAAAACAGCAAAACAGGAUAUGAUGAUUACAUAAAACAGCAACUGCAACCACAUGGUGCUUAAAAGUAGAAAUUAUUUAUAGGCCAAUCAAAAUUUCUGACUCACUUUGCUCUGUUAAUUCCUAUGUCUUACUAUUACCAUUAUUGAUAACUUAUUAUUGUUAUCUUACUAUUAUUAUUAUUAUUAGGGGUUUUUUUCCCUCUCUGUUUUUUAUUUUAAUCAUUUUUAUAUAACACAUGUUAAGAAGAAUUUAUAGAUGUACUUUGUUGUUAACUAUUCUGAUGCUGUAUGUCUGGUUGUUAUUUACAGUCGUCAUUUCUAUUAUUAUCAUCCAUAGAUUUUCUUGUCUUGUCAUAAGAGUUAGUUUGUAGCAAUUUUGUCUAUGUAAUAUAAUGUAUUUGUUGGCUCUUUAGCACCGUAUAUUUAACACUUACAUAAAUAUUAUAACAUGGUUUUAAUUAAAGGUUUUGAUAAUUAUUAAGUCGGUAAGUAAGUAGCAGUAAACAAAUGGUUUUGUUCUUGGUUAUGUAUGCACAUGUUCUCUCU